AUGUCAUCGACUGCAUCUCGGGCCCGCGGGACCCCUGUGCCGAAGCUACCAGAGCUUCUAGACGAGGAAGACGAUUGGAGUGGAGUUACCGAUGCAGCGUCACGCAGGCGGUUACAGAACAGGCUCAAUGUUAGAGCAUAUCGGCGGCGAAAAGCCCUCGAGUUGAAGAAGAAAGCCGCAGUUGACCAAGUUAUCAAGACCGAGGCUGAGGUGCCGUGUUGGAUUGAAGCUCAACAGUCCAUACGCAUGGUACCAGAAUCAGCGGCAGCCAAAACCAAUAAUCCUCAGGCACCUCUAAUACCCCGGAUCCCCUCCUCCCAAGGCUCCAUGGUGCCAACCAGGUCGCCUAAACCACGAAUUACGUUCCCCCUUUCCUCUGAUCACUUGAUAGUUCUACUCCAAUUUAAUGUUCUCCGCGCAUCCCUCGCCAAUCGGGAGCUGGUAUCACAACUUGGGAGUGCUCCUACUGCCGAAUGCUCCUCCGCAGCAGAACACGUUCUUCCAUAUCCUACAGACCCCGGAGUUGUACCUCCAUCUCUUUUACCCACAGACCUCCAACGCACGAUCCCACAUGAAGGCUGGGUAGAUAUCAUACCGCACCCAGUUUGGCGCGACAACGUCCUUCUAGCGCUCGGUCACUUUGAUGAAGAUGCGCUUUGGUCAGAUAUCAUGGGCGGCCUCUUUGAAGGAUUUCCCCAGUCGGAGAUUGAGCAUCGGGGUGUUAUCGCCUGGUCACCUCCGUGGGAUGCGAGCGGGUGGGAGUUGUCACCAGGGUUUGUGAGGAAAUGGGGCUGGUGUCUUAGAGGGUGUGAAGACAUAUUGGCGAUAACGAAUCAGUGGAGGCUGAAGAGAGGAGAUGAGCCAAUCAUUUACGAGCUGCCGUAG